UAUUGGGACACACAGAUUUAAAAUUAUUUAGAUUGCUUAAAAUUAAAGUUUGAUUAUCAAAAUUUUCGAAAAGUUGACUUAGUUCUGCAGUUUAAAUCAUGUUCAAUAAACAAUAACAAUCAAUCUAAAGUGUGUAAAAUAGCCACCAAAGCAUUCAGCUGUGAAAAUGCGACAAUUGAUAAUUUGAAGUCAUAUUAUUGUUACUUUUUACCUGGUUCAGCUCUUUGUAUCGUAUUAAGGAACGGCUCCUAUUUAAGUCUCAACAAUAAUUUAGUUCUAUCAUUGAAACCAUCAACCUUUUAGAUUCAGUAUUUGGCAAAAAACCAUGGCUUGCUGUCGUACUUUUGAUCAUCAUCCGCAACCAUUGAUUGGCCCAUCUAUACUGAAUUCCAAUCUUGCCUUACUUGCUAGUGAGUGUGAAAAAUUGCUUAAAGCUGGUGCUGAUUAUCUGCAUUUAGACGUAAUGGAUGGUCAAUUUGUUCCCAAUUUAACUUUCGGUCAUCCUGUGGUAAAAUGUUUACGUUCUGAGUUAGGCCCGAAGCCGUUUUUUGAUAUGCACAUGAUGGUUGCCUGCCCUGAAAAAUGGAUUGAGCCUAUGGCUGAUGCUGGAGCCAAUUUAUACACUUUUCAUCUUGAAGCAGCCUCAGAUGUAGAAUCAAUAAUCAGAAAAAUCAAAGAGUCGGGAAUGAAAGUUGGGGUAGGAAUCAAACCAGGAACUUCAGUGGAAAGUGUCCUUCCCUAUGCUUCUUUAGUGGACAUGGUUCUUGUGAUGACAGUUGAACCAGGGUUUGGAGGGCAGAAAUUUAUGGAACCCAUGAUGGCUAAAGUUGAAUUAUUAAGAAAACAAUUUCCAAAACUUAAUCUAGAAGUUGAUGGUGGUGUAGGUCCAACAACAAUUGAUGUUUGUGCAAAAGCAGGAGCAAACAUGAUCGUUUCAGGGACAGCUGUAAUCAAUUCAUCCGAUCCUGGAGCUGUUAUGAACUCUAUGAGAGAAAAAGUCGCAGCUUGCUUGAGUUAGUCAAUUGUUGAAAAAGUGCACAAAAUUAUAGCAAUCACUGAAUAAAAAAUUAUUUACUUAAACAUGUAUUUCGAAUCAACUGAAUAAAAUGUUUUACAUUCCUGACA